GACUGCCAGAAUGGUCUCAGCGACUGGCACCAUUUGUGGUCACAUUCCAAGCGCGCUUGGUGCUGUUCGCACCACAACUCUGGCUGUUCGCACAACUCUGGACAUUGGUCGCACCAGAUGUCGCACCACAACUCUGGACAUUGGGUGAAAAAAGUUCACGUCGUUCAAACCUAUGACUGUCAUGCGGGCUUCGACAACUGGUACCACGGCUGGUCAGAUGGCAAGAAGAGUUGGUGCUGUGAAAAGAAGACCAUGGGCUGCCCUGGCAGCUGGCAUCACGGCCACUGGCAUCACAGCCAUCACGCCGUGGUAAUCCACGAGGAGCACGUGGGCCACGGCGGCUACGACUGCCAUGCUGGUGCGAGCAACUGGAUGCAGGGAUGGUCGGGAAAGAAGAAGGAUUGGUGCUGCAGCAAGGGCCACAACCAGUUCUGUGUGAAGUUCCAUUGCCACGCGGAACACGCACACGUGAACGCUUGGUCCAGUGAGCAGCGUGACUUCUGCUGCAGCAACUUCCAGAUGGGCUGCCCCCACACCACCCUGUCACCGCUGGGCUGUGAUGCCAUGUGCGUGGUGAACGGAGAGAGCAGCAGCUGCAAGAGCCGCAUGAAGUGGACACAGCACAACGUUUUCGGCGGCAAGAGCAACGCCUGCAAUCUUGCCUACAGCAAGAUCCAGGUGGAGUGCGACGUUUGCCGUGCAUGCUCCAUCGAGGCAGCUGGCUGCGGAGCUCAAGGACCCGGUAAGGCUGCAUUCGAUUGCCACGCUGCCCUGGGCAACUGGUGCCGCGCCUGGUCUCCUGCAAAGAAGGUCUGGUGCUGCAACGAGAAGCAGAAAGGCUGCCAGUCCCCUGACACCCCACCCAACUGUGAUGCUGGCGCUGGCAAAAUUUGGAAGAAAGUGUUCAUCAGUGGCCACUGGACUUGGGAGGCGCAAAUGGCCGGUGGCGCGGUUUCCGUGCAUAAGCCCUUUUCUUGCCAUGCAGGCCUGCCAAAUUGGAGCGCUGGCUGGUCACCUUCCAAGAAGUCUUGGUGCUGUUCUCACGAGCAGCUCGGCUGCCCCGGCUUCGUCUACCACGGGCCUGGUGCUGGGUCUUUCAAACACGUUGUGGUCACUCACCACUACGUCUCUGGCGGCGGUGCAGCUGGCGGUGCGGCUGGCGGUGCUGCCGGUGGUGCUGCCGGUGGCGGUGGCAGCUGGUCGUCAUCGUCCAGUGGCAGCUGGCACUCUGGUGGACAUGUGGUGGUUCAUCACCAUCAUCACGUGGUUCACUAG